AGUGCUUCGUCCCGGUGUCCAGAGGCGCCGCUGCCCGACCCCGGUCUGCCUGGCCUCUGUGAGGACCUCAGCGGCCUCCCGCCGACCCGGAACCUGGGACCUCGCUGCUGCGCCGCGCCCCGCCCCGCCCAGCCUCCCCAGGUACUUGUGGUCCACACGACCUUCAUGUGGAAAGUAGAACGUGUGUGUGGCAAAGAAGUGGCUCUCUUGUGGGCCACAGAAUCAAGCACUGUUUGAGUGUGGACACAUUGCUCUGUGCUCUGAUCCUCUAGUAUUGACCAUGUCCAUGCCCACUGAGGGCACCCCACCGCCCCUAAGUGGUACCCCCAUCCCAGUUCCAGCCUACUUCCGACAUGCAGAACCUGGUUUCUCCCUCAAAAGACCUGGGGGCCUCAGCCGGAGCCUUCCACCUCGGCCCCCUGCCAAGGGCAGCAUCCCUAUCAGCCGUCUCUUCCCUCCUCGGACCCCAGGCUGGCACCAGCCCCAGCCCCGGAGGGUGUCAUUCCUGAGUGAGACCUCAGAGACCCUUCAGAGUCCUGGGUAUGACCCAAGCCGGCCAGAGUCCUUCUUUCAGCAGAACUUCCAGAGGCUUAGCCGCCUAGGUCAUGGCUCCUAUGGAGAGGUCUUCAAGGUGCGCUCCAAGGAAGAUGGCCGACUCUAUGCUGUUAAACGCUCCUUGUCUCCAUUCCGAGGCCCCAAAGACCGAACUCGCAAGCUGGCUGAGGUAGGCGGCCACGAGAAAGUGGGGCAGCACCCACACUGUGUGAGACUAGAACAGGCCUGGGAGGAGGGCGGCAUCUUAUACCUACAGACGGAGCUCUGUGGGCCCAGCCUGCAGCAACACUGUGAAGCCUGGGGGGCCAGCCUGCCAGAAGCCCGGGUUUGGGGCUACUUGCGAGACACUCUUCUGGCUCUGGAUCAUCUCCAUAGUCAAGGCCUAGUUCACCUUGAUGUCAAGCCUGCCAACAUCUUCUUGGGGCCCCGGGGCCGCUGCAAGCUGGGUGACUUUGGACUACUGGUGGAUCUGGGUUCAACUGGCGCCGGUGAGGCCCAGGAGGGAGACCCGCGCUACAUGGCCCCAGAACUGUUGCAGGGCUCCUAUGGGACAGCCGCAGAUGUGUUCAGUCUGGGUCUCACCAUCUUGGAAGUGGCCUGCAACAUGGAACUACCCCAUAGUGGGGAGGGCUGGCAGCAGCUGCGCCAGGGAUACUUGCCCCCUGAGUUCACUGCUGGUCUGUCUUCAGAGCUUCGUUCUGUCCUCACCAUGAUGUUGGAGCCUAACCCCCAGCUGCGAGCCACAGCUGAGGCCCUGCUGGCCCUGCCCAUGCUGAGGCAGCCGCGUCCCUGGAAUGUUCUGUGGUAUAUGGCUGCAGAAGCCCUAAGUCGAGGUUGGGCCCUGUUACAGGCACUGAUCACUCUGCUCUGCUGGUUCUGGCAUGGUCUGGCUCAUCCUGCCAGCUGGCUGCAGCCUCCAGGCCCACCGGCCACACCGCCUGGCUCUCCACCUUGCAGCCCACUCCUGGACAGCAGCCUCUCCAGCUGGGAUGAUGACAGCAUAGGUCCCUCACUCUCCCCAGAGACCAUCCUGUCCCGGAUCACUAGGAGAACCUCUACCCCUCGAGGCAGGUACAAACCAAGGGAUGCCCUAGACCUAACUGACAUGGACUCAGAGCCUCCUAGAGGUCCCUGUCCUACCUUUGAGCCACGGAACCUCCUCAGCCUGUUUGAGGACUCACUAGACCCAGCCUGAGCCACAGGCCCAGCCUUGGUGCUUUUAAAUCUCUGACCCCCUUUCCUACCUCUCCUCCAGAAACUUCUGUAUCUAAUAAAAAGUAAUGAAUCUUGGGAACACCCAAGGUUGCUCAUGU